ACUCUUCCAUAUCUACCUAUCUCAAUGACUUUGUCUCCAAAAUGUCUACACCUCAGCUCGCCACAUUCAAGUGCCUGCAAUCGAAAAUGAACCUAAGGGGUCUCGAAGCUGCACUUGCUCAGAUGCAACAUGAACUUCCAUUUGAGGUUUCCUAUAUCGUCAAUGACUCACUGAUCAGAACUGAUAAACUUGUCAAGCAGGCCAUACCCUCUGACCACGCUGCAGAUGAAGCGACUGUAGCCAAUGCGAUCGAUGGUGCUCUUUCCGCCAAAUUUGAGUGGGAGGCCAUGCCUUGGAACGAUCGCGCCGCCAUCUUCCUGUGUACUGCAGAGCUUGUUAGCGGCAAGUACUGUUACAAAUUGGUAGCAGCUACUAUGCUUGGUCAAGGCAAGAACACUUGGCAGGCUGAUAUUGAUGCUGUCGAGCUUUCCGAUUUCUUGUGUUUCGGCGUCAAAUAUGUUGAGGAGCUUCACGCACAACAGCCUCCUAAGAACGCAGUGGGAUCAUGGAACCGCAUCGAGUACCACGCGCUGGAAGGAUUUGUUCUCGCAGUUUCGCCAUUCAACUUCACAGCGAUCGGUGGAAACCUUCCGGAUGUUCCCGCAAUCGUCGGUAACACAGUCGUAUGGAAACCUUCACCAGCGGCCACGUAUUCCAACUACUUGAUCUACCAGAUCCUCGCGGAGGCUGGUGUUCCACCCGGCGUCAUCCGGUUCAUCCCUGGGCCACCUCCAGAAGUCGUCGCACAGGCGAUAUCGCACCCCAACUUUACAGUGCUCCACUUCACAGGCAGCACGUUCAUAUUCAAGAAGCUAUGGAAAGACAUCGCCACAAACCUGGACAACUACAAAGGGCAUCCGAGAAUCAUCGGUGAGACAGGAGGAAAGAACUUCCAUGUGAUCCACAAGUCGGCAGAGAUCCGAAAUGCAUAUCAAGGACAAAAGUGUUCUGCAUUGCCACGGCUAUAUGUUUCCUCUUCGCUUUGGUCAUCUGGAUUCAAAGAUCUGCUCUUGUCUGAGGUUGCCAAGAUCAAAAUCAGGUCACCAUCAGACUUCAGCAACUUUAUUGGACCCGUGAUAGGUCGUCCGGCUCAUGACAAAAUAAUUGGAUUCAUCCAGAAAGCCAAGGAUGCGGGAGGGGAGGUUCUUAUCGGAGGCACUGGCGAUGACUCCAAGGGCUACUUCAUACAGCCCACCGUCAUUCUAACCAAAGAUCCUGAAUCAGUCACCAUGAAAGAAGAAAUCUUUGGUCCUGUUUAUGUGUACGAUGACACAAAUUAUGAGCAGACUCUGGAACUGAUCGAAAACACCUCGCUUUAUGCACUGACCGGCUCUAUCUUUGCCACAGAGCGCAGGGCCCUUCUGACUGCCAAAAACAAGCUACACAACACUGCUGGCAACGUCUAUUACAACGAGAAAUGCACUGGGGCGGUCGUGGGGCGAGCGAGUGGGACCAAUGACAAAGCUAGGAGUAUCAGCAUCUUCUACCGAUUCAUUUCGGUGAGAAGCAUAAAGGAGAACUUCGUGGGCCUAGAGGACUUCCAAUACCCGUCGAACUUGAUUUGAUUUAAUGAGAAUCAUGAAAACAACGGUAGUCAUCGAUGUUGUACAAUCAAAGAAUCAUUUUGUUACUU